AUGAAAGAAUACGUCCAGUCAUCUCGACUAGACCAAUGUAGUUUGAGAGCUACAAACCAAGAGCAGUAUGUGGAUUUAGAGAUUCCUCAGAGUCUCAUAAGUCACUGGAAAUCUGAAGGAUACACAGCUUUACAUUUUGGAGCAGUUAGACUCAUCCUCUCUCUCCAUGGAAGGAAAAAUUAUCCCGUCUUCUGCAAAAUAGCUCUCCUAGAUUCGAGCUAUCUCCAUUAUGAAAAUGCUGUCAUAGGGACUGUUCUGACCUCACUUCAUGCAGGAAGCGUUGUUCUUACUGUUUUUCCAAAUUAUAAUGUAAGCCUCAACGACAACACCCUAUCUACCAUACUAAAGGUCCAAGUUCAAAUCACUGGAUCUGACCAAGUUCCAGAGGCCAUGUCUGCUACUCUCCAUCACCAAAUAAUCUAUCGCCUACAAAAUCAUUCGAUAGAUUUUCCUCUCACAGGAUGUUCUUCUGAUUCUCUGUUAGUAGUUACUAAUAGAGAAGAAGAUAUACCCUCUAUUGUUCAUAUUCCAAGAAAGAUCACAAGGGAAGAACUAACUCAGUUAAUUCAUCUUGAGUGGAUAACAAACUAUGAAAAAAUCCAUCAAGAUAGAAGACAAAUACAAUCUCAAGAGGCCACUUUUAGAAGAUCUGUUGACAAAACGGUCAAAAUAAUUUUCAAAAAAUCAGAUGAAGGAUCGAGUUCAAUUUCUCCUAUUUUCCAGACCAUGAUGAUCCGACUGAUUCUCAAAGAAGAUUGGUGCCCAAUUCAUGCUGACGUAGAUCCCAAUAAAUGUGACCCAGGAUGUGAAUGUUGGAUGCACGAUAAUGAUUAUGACAGAGAUAUUAUCCUUCCGAAAAGAAAAAACAACGAGGUGUGCAAACCAUCUCUUCCUCCACAAAGAAGAUAUGAUCCUGAUAACGGUCCAUGGGUAGGUAUCCAUGAUAAAAAGAAACCUCUUCCUAUAUAUGAGGAAGCUCUCAAGAUCCUCAGGAAAGAGAAACUGCUGCCACCAAAUGAUCCUACUCUAGUUACGUGGUCAUCGUCAGACUACUGCAAAGUUUUGGACCCUCCAAAAAAUGUUGAGUUAAUCCCUUGCUUUAUGUACUCAACUACCGCACCAGAUUAUAGCCAACAAUUUCCUGCUUUAGAAAGGAAGAUGGAUCCAAUCACUGGAAGAACAUCCAAACCCUUCAUUCAUCCUAAUGAAGUACAACCUUAUGGAAAACUCAAACCUUUAACUCAAGCUGAAGAAGUUCUAAAUUGA